GGGACUUCCUCUCCAAUUGCUUGGGAUAGGCUACAGGGCUGUGUCCUCUCCUAGCAAUCACGCCAAGCAUCGCAUGGCCUUCUUAAAGAGGCUAGCCCUUCCUCUUUAGUCAGUGAAUCUUGAUGCAUCCGGAGUAGAUGCACAUCAGACCAUUUGGAAAGAUCGCGGCCCGAGAUGCAAGAUCCGAUCUAAGUUACUGAAAGGGGUAACUCAACGGGGAGGUAUUUGAGGAUGUAUCAUCCACAUUCAAGUUCGUAGUAUCGUCGAAAACAAAGAAUAGACCCGAACAGUGCGGAUAAAUCCCACUUGACUUACUCUUUUGACCAUGGGUGUUGUUCUAUCUGUGUUGUACUCUACAAUUGGAGCUGUACUGUUCAUUGUAUUGGUCAACUUGUUCAGUCAGAAAUUCCUCCGCAAGGCCAAUGAACCUCCAGUGGUCUUCCACUGGAUACCCUUCGUUGGUAAUGCAAUCGCGUACGGGAUGGAUCCGCUCGGAUUCCUGACCUCAUGUCGAGAAAAGCACGGCGACCUUUUCACCUUCAUCCUGUUCGGUCGACGUCUCACCGUGUACCUGGGUCUUACUGGGAAUGACUUCAUACUCAAUGGGCGACACACGCAUCUCAACGCUGAAGAGAUAUACUCACCUCUCACCACACCCGUGUUCGGAUCCGACGUCGUGUACGACUGCCCCAAUUCAAAGCUCAUCGAGCAGAAGAAGUUCAUCAAGUACGGCCUCACCCAAACCGCACUCGAAUCCCACGUCCCUCUUAUCGAGAAGGAAGUCCUCGACUACAUCAAGAGCGCAGAAGAGUGGAAGGGCGAUAAAGGGGAAGUCGAAAUCUGCUCUGCCAUGGCUGAGAUAACAAUCUUCACGGCCGGGAGAGCUUUGCAAGGGGCCGAGGUAAGGAAGAAGUUGAAAAGGGAGUUCGCGGAUCUGUACCAUGACUUGGAUAUGGGGUUCAGGCCGAUCAAUUUCUUGAUGCCUUGGGCACCGCUUCCGCAGAAUCGUAGGAGGGAUGCAGCGCAUGCGAAGAUGCGGGCGAUUUAUGAAGAAAUUAUACAAAAGAGAAGGCAAUCGAAAACGGGGGGUGCGGAAGAGGAGACCGAUAUGAUUGCAAACUUGAUGCAAUCGAGCUAUAAAAACGGAAAACCAGUGCCGGAUAAGGAAAUCGCGCACAUCAUGAUCACCCUCCUCAUGGCGGGUCAGCAUUCGAGUUCCAGUGCUAGCUCUUGGAUCAUGUUGAGGCUAGCGAGCCAGCCAGAGGUCGUGGAACAAUUGUACCUUGAACAAGUAAAGAACCUCAGCCAAAGCGGCGAACUGCCUCCCCUUCAGUACUCGGACCUGGAUAAGAUGCCUUUUCUCCAAGGUGUCAUAAAGGAGACACUUCGAGUACACUCAUCAAUCACCUCAAUCAUGCGCAAAGUAACAAAACCAAUCAACGUCCCAGGAACUGAGUAUGUCAUUGGCACUGACAAGGUUAUGCUUGCAUCUCCUGUCGUCACCGCUCUCAGUGACGAGUACUUCGGAAAUGCGGCGACUUGGGAUCCCUCGCGGUGGGAAUCACAAACUGACGUUGACGCCGCUGACGAGAUAGUGGAUUAUGGCUAUGGCGCCACGUCGAAGGGCACCAAAAGUCCAUACCUGCCUUUUGGGGCAGGGCGGCAUCGUUGCAUCGGCGAGAAAUUUGCGUAUGUCAAUCUUGGUGUAAUUGUUGCGACAUUGGUUCGCAACUACAAAUUCUCAACGGUCGACGGUUCUCGUACAGUACCUAAGACUGACUACACCUCCCUUUUUGCACGGCCUCAACAGCCUGCUCGAAUAAGUUGGGAACGCAGAGCACUUUGAACAAGGACAGCAGGUGUACACUGCAGGUUGGAUAUGACGCGCUUGGUAUCUGGCCAGCAUCUUAGUUACGGAGAUCCUCGGACCUUGAGAAAAAA